UGUACGAUAAAGCAUUGUCGGCUGCCUAUAUUUCAGUAAUAAAAACAAACUUAAAAGUUGUCAAAAUCAACAUAUUUUUAAAUAAACAAAGUGGCUUAUUAUUUAAAUUUGAAAAUAAAUUGUUGUUAGAUUAAAAUUUAUUAAAAUGAGUAACGAAGACGAACCUGAAUCACCACAAAAAGGUACACCAUACAAAAUAACAGACUCAACUAGAGAGGUUCGUAAAGGAAUUGUUGCAACUUCUUUAGAGGAUUUAACCUCAAAAUUAAGAAACAAAUUCAUACUUGGACCAAAUGAUCCCCUUAAAGUUGUAUUGGAAGCUGAUGGUACUGAAGUUGACGAUGAAGAAUACUUUGCAACAUUAGAACCACAUACAAAUUUAAUGUUUUUAACGGGUGAACAAAAAUGGGAACCAUGGUCACCAAAAUGUCGAAUUUCAUUGGAUCAAGUUGAUGAUAUUAAUGGAUCACAUAUGGAAUUAGCUGGUCUAGUGGAUCGUUUACAAAGUAAUGUAUGUCAUGUAUCACUGUUAAGUAGCAAAGAACUAGAGCUUUUAAGUGAUAUGGAUCCAGAUUCGUUAGAUGAUAUACAAGAUCCAGAUAAAAUAUUUCUCGAGCAAUUAAAAGAAGCAUCCGGAAGAUUUCUCAGCGAAAAACGGCAAGCUCAAGAUGCAAUGGAUUUAUUACGUUUGUAUAAUGGAAGUAAUACGACGAGUACAGAAGCUUCGUCAGCACAGUAAACUUGACAAGGUGCUUCCCAUGUGGUCCCAUUUAAAUUUGAUCCAGUUCUGACAAUGGCAUCCAUGAGAAAACCAUAUAAGUCUUAAAUUUGUAUUAAGUAUGUGCGCGUCAAAUGGACGAAUAACUCAAUAUCACGCCAAC